AUGGUUGGUAAGACCAAUUUGGACCAGUUUGGAAUGGGGUCUAAUAACACCAACCUGGUCUUUGGACCUGUGCUCAAUCCCAAAUAUCCCAUAGAAGACAAUCCAAGGGUAGCAGGUGGUUCUUCAGGCGGUACAGCGGCAGCAGUGGCUCUGGGGUCUGCUGAUUUCGGCAUAGGAACUGAUACUGGAGGGUCAGUGAGACUUCCAGCUACUUAUUGUGGUCAAAUUGGGUAUAAACCAUCAUAUGGACGGAUCUCCAGAUGGGGGGUGGUUGCAUAUGCACAAAGUUUAGAUACCGUUGGAAUUGUAUCGAAAGACAUGGCUGUCUUAAGAGGGGCCUAUGAGCUUUUGGAUCAAUAUGACGAGAAGGAUCCCACAAGUAUGACCAUAGAGACGAGAAGAAGAAUAAAGAGGCUAUCACCUGUAUCCCCAGCAUCGACGUCCUUGACUAUUGGUAUACCCAUUGAGUGUCUUGUAACAGAGUUGGUCCCGGAGAUAAAAGACUCAUGGUUGAAACUAUUGAGCCAGUUGAAGCAAAUGGGCCAUCAGAUUAGAACAGUUUCUAUUCCUCAUAUCCCCAAGCUGCUUCUGGCAUAUUACUCCAUCUGUACCGCAGAAGCAUCUUCUAAUCUAGCACGGCUUGAUGGUAUACGGUAUGGCCAUACUGCUGGUGGUGGUGCUGGGAGUAGCUCCGCACCGGAGAUAAUGGCGGAGACAAGAACUAAAGGGUUCCAUAUUGAGACCAUCAGAAGAAUCAUCUUAGGAACAUAUACCUUGAGUGGAGUCUCAGGUAACCAUUAUCUCCGGGCCAAUCAGAAGCGAGAAGCACUAGUUAAAGAGUUCAACCAGAUCUUCAAUAUGACCAAUCCUUUGUUCCAUGAACUUAUCAAACGUGAUGAUUCCAAAUGCGACUUCCUCUUGAUCCCUACAACCAUCACCAAACCUCCUACACUUGAAGAGGCCAUGGCCACCGCAAAGGAGAACUUCUUGACUGCUUACGUCAACGAUGUGUUCACCGUCCCUGCUUCCUUAGCAGGACUCCCUGCGCUACUGAUACCUUAUGAUAACACCGGGUUCCAGAUCAUUGGUCAAUAUGGAGAUGAUGAAGCCGUGCUCCAGUUUGGGUCCACCAUAGAACACAAUUGUAUAUAA